UGUCCGGGGCCCCGGAUCUGCCCCACACAAUUUGGAACAACAUCAACGUUUUCUGCGUACCGGCCCGUGAAUUGAGCACGGACAGGCAUCACGAGAGUCCUUCUCAAGCUCCCACAAUUGGCAUGCAAGCGGAGAAAGGACUGCCAGAUCACGGUGCGAAAUAACCAGCCAGGUUUGGCCGUCGUCAUGCCCUAGUGGGGACUAUAUAGAGUCAUGAGUUCUCGGAAUACGCUGUGAGAGGCCACCCGUCAGGUUUUGGCUGUAUCAUUACCACCAUGGGCUCCCCUGCAGGAACGACGGGCGCACAAUUGUCCCGUGGACGAUGGAUUUUUGCCUUCUCUCUGGUCACCUCGUUGUUCUUCACCUGGGGUUUUGCAUAUGGUCUUCUUGAUGUUCUCAAUGCUCAUUUUCAAGAAGUGUUUGGUAUCAGUAAGCUGCAAAGCACAUUAUUGCAACUUGCGUACUUCGGCGCAUACUUUGUCUUUGCUCCAUUCGCCAGUAUAUUCAUGGAUCGGUAUGGAUACAAGAAGGGGAUUCACAUCGGACUUGGUCUUUAUUCCUUAGGCGCCAUCUUCUUCUGGCCAUCAGCUAAAUUUCAGAAGUACGGCGGUUUCGUAGGAUGCACCUUUGUCAUCGGAUGCGGUCUUUCAACGUUGGAAGUCGCCGCGAACUCCUACAUCGCCGUACUCGGAACGCCCAAAUAUGCCGCUGCAAGAUUAAAUUUCAGUCAGGGCUUCCAGGGUGUGGCAUCGUUCGCGGGACCCAUGAUUGCUUCAAGAUGGUUCUUCCAGGGUAAGAACGCAACAUCUCUGGAUACUGUACAAUGGGUAUAUCUCGCCGUCGCGGGGCUAGGUGUUGUUCUCAACAUCAUGUUCUACUUCUGUGAUUUACCUGAGAUUACUGGCGAUGCCUUGGCUGAGGAAAUGCAUGAAGUCGGUCUCACGAACGAUGAUCAACCCUUCUUGAAACAAUACAGGUGUAUUUUUGGAUGGGUCGCGCAGACUGCCUAUGUUGGCGCUCAAGUCGCCGUUGCCUCCUUCGCCGUCAAUUAUAUGGUCGACCAGAACAUCGGAAUUUCAAAAUCACACGCUAGCCAACUCUUCUCCUACUGUCAGAUAACCUUCACUGUUGGACGAUUCAUUGGCGUGGGACUCCUCAAUCUCAUCGAUCCAGCCCUGUUACUUAGCUUCUACGGCAUCGCGUGUACAGCGUUUGCCUUAGGGGUCGCGUUCUCUCCAGGAGUUGCCGGCAUUGGAUGUCUAUUUACCCUGUUCUUCUUCGAGAGUAUAUGCUACCCCGUGAUCUUUACAAUCGCAACGAAGAACCUGGGCAAGCAUACUAAACGCGGUUCAGGGUUGAUCGUCAUGGGUGUCGGAGGCGGUGCAUGGUACCCUCCAGCACAGGGUUCUAUCGCAGAUCGGAACACUCGAUUGUCCUAUGUUGUUCCAUUCACCGGCUAUGCUGCUAUGACUGUUUACGCAGUGGGUAUAGUCAUUGACCAAGCCAUCAAGGGUGGCUUCCGAUUCCGCACUGUCGAUGAAAUAGAGCAGAGGAAACAACAACUCGCCGCUUUAAGCCCCAGAGAGAAAGUUUCUGAGGAUGACUUUGAUAAGAAAGAUUCCAGGGACGUCUACGUUGAGAAUGUCGACGUCGCAUGACCGAAUGGUGCUGGUGAAGUCACUACACUAACACCUCACAAGCGAACACUUCAAGUAGGAGCUUUCGUUUGUAUGACAUCUAUUGUACACUACUGUAUCAUUGAAUGCAUCCGUACUUCUCUGAGUAGAUGGUGUGAGAUACUCUCUGCUGUAAAGGUCCACUCGCAGAUUCUAUCGACAUGCAAGUUAACUGGCCUUCGAUCCACGACUAUCGCCCAACUCCCCAUAUCCUCUCUGCCAAAAGCUUCAAGAGAACAUCGCUCCCCGGCGUCUUUGUCACAACAGGGACA